AUGCCCUACGUCGACAACGACAUCCCUCUCGCCACAAAGCGCAAAUGGAACCACGACGACGAGCCCUACAAUAGAUCCCCCUCACACCCAAGCCCACGCGAAGCCUCAGAGCCCUUCCACGCGUCCACCAUCUCACCCAUGCCAAAAACGCGCAAGACACUACAUCCAACGAAACGCCUCAGAGCACACCACCACCACCACCAAGACACCGAUCACGACGUCCACUCUUCCCACCACCGACUACUAUCCCCACGCGAACCCUCAACAGUGGGAACCCCCGGCAAAGUCACCAGCACAACUCUCCUACCAUGCCACGUCUGCCAUCGCCGCCCAACCAAGAAGUCAGAUCUCGAUUCCUUCGCCAGGUGUCAGUCGUGUCGCGAACAGACGUGCUUUAUAUGCAUGCGCGAAUGCCAGCAGCAAAGGACUCUAUAUUCCAAUCCAGCAGCAGCGGCAGCGAUAAUAAGGAAAGAGGAUGGAGGGGAUGAAGACGCUCUUUCACGAUCCUUUCGCAUGGACGAUGCGGACGCGACACCUUCAAUACCACACAUUGAUUACAACAACGAUGAUGUCGACGUCGAUAUCAGGGACGAUGACGACGACGAUGCCCACGAACGGAAAACACAGAGAUACACACACCACAGCAUGAUUUGCAGCAAAUGCUGCGUCGAAAAGGGUGCCGAAGGCGAAGUCAUUUGUCUCGGGUGCUUAUCCGACCCAUACGCCAACACCCCUUGA